UAUAUACUACCUACUGUUUGCAAUUGAUCAUUUCCGCAGAGCAAUAAAUAUAUAUAUAUAUAUAUUAUUUAUGGGAUGCAAUAGAGGCAAACAGAUGAAGAGGUUGAGAAGAAGAAGUGAUCAGGAAAUGGGUCGCCCGUCGGUCCGAAUGAGGGUAAAGAAGCUGCAGAAACUGAUACCAGGAGGCCAAGGCUUGAACCCUGAUAGGCUUCUGCUUAGAACAGCAGACUAUAUCUUGCUUCUCAGGCUGCAGAUUGAUGUUUUGCAAACUCUUUCUCAGCUCUCAGACUCUCUGAUGACGGACUAAUUAAUGCUUCUUCUUACUUCCAUGCACCCCUUAAUUUUCGUCUUGGUCCAAAUUUUGAACAUUUUGUGGUGUUAAGUUUACUGUUAAUUAUGAUCACUUACCUGAUCAGAAAGUUGGUUUCAUUUUGUUAUAGUACAGUACUUGUGUUCGCAAGAACCACAAUUACCAAAGAAGAAGAGAAGGGUUCGCAAGAACCCUUUGGAUCAUUCCUAGAACAGGGUUUUAACGUAGUUUUGUUGAUGGUGUAAGCUUUUAUCGAGCUACUAUUACAGUGUUGAAAAGAUUCUGGGGGAAUCAAAGUUAAUUUUGGGGGA